AUGGUCCCGCUAAACGAUACUGAUUACGUUCUUGGCUGUUCGGAUUCACCUGAUGAGGAUUAUGCAAUGGUUUUUGAUAAGAGAAAGGUAUCAUUUGUGCUCCCGCUAAAUGAUGUCAGCCCUGCGCGAGUCCGAAAGCAGGAACAGGGUGGAAAUGCUCGAGUACAACAACAGUUGUAUGCUGAUGUGGUUCUAAACAAACAGGUUGAGCAGAGUGGCCCUAAACGGGUUGGUAAUCCAAAUCAGGCUCAAAGUGAAGAGGAAAGUGCUAGGAAAACCAAUGAUGUGGCUAACCAAGUACCAAAAGUCAAUUUUCGAAAGCUAAUCUCGGAUGCCUCAUUGGAGGGUGUGGAUGUAGUGCUGCCUAUUGACUCUGUUCGUCAAGUUAAUAACAGGUUAGCUAAUACUCUUUAUGGUUACUUCCUGGGGGAUAGAAUUGCAUAUCCGGUUGUUGAUUACUUUGUGAGAACAAAUUGGAAGAAACAUGGUCUUCAGAAAACGAUGAUGAAUUCAAAUGGGUUCUUUUUCUUCAAGUUUGAAGAUAGAAAGGGAAUGGACGCUGUUCUUGAAGGGGGUCCUUGGAUGAUCCGUAACAAACCCUUGUUUCUCAACAUUUGGUCCCCUACAAACACCCUUAAAAAAGAAGAGUUGAAAAAGGUUGCAGUUUGGGUGAAGUUGCAUGACGUCCCUCUAGUGGCUUACUCUGAUGAUGGGUUAAGCAUGCUGGCUUCAAAAAUUGGUUCUCCUGUGCGGCUGGAUUCGUAUAUUGUUGAUAUGUGUAAUGAGGCUUGGGGACGGAGCAGCUAUGCUAGGGCUCUCAUUGAAAUAUCAGCUGAUCAGGAUUUGAAAGGCACUGUAACCAUGGCUAUUCCUGAAUUGGAGGGAAACAAAUAUGUUACCGAGACUAUUCGGGUGGAGUAUGAAUGGGAGCCUCCGAGAUGUGCUCACUGCUGUGUGUUUGGGCAUGACUCUGAGGAAUGUCCUACACGUAUUGGCUCAACGUCCAAAACUCCUAUUAACAGGCCAACAGUAGAUGAGGAUGGUUUUACUGAUGUUCCGGUGAAGAAGAGUGCAAAGAAGAAUGGCUUUCAAGUUAAUAACCAGAAGCCUAAAUUUGAAUACAGACCGGUGGAUAGGAAGAAAAAGGCAGCUACUUCUCAGCAGGUUUCUACUUCCCAUAAAAUCCAGACUCAUAAUCCGUUUUCUGCUCUCGAGUGUGUUGGGGGACGGGCUGUCUCAACUCAAGAGAGAAAUAUAGGGGGUAGACAGGUUCAUGUGGAUUUAGAUGAGGAUGGGGUUGAGGUUGUCUAUGAUGAAACCAAAGAUUCGGGUACAUAUCCUUCGACUUCUAAUUCAGGGGCAAGCACCUCUUCCAAAAAGAUCUACAAUGGUUAG